AAAGAGAUGGCACAAAAGUCAAAAGUCAAGUUGCAUCUCUGCCGCCAUCCACAUCUCCGUCGUCAAUCCACAAUUUCUCGCUAUACUCUAUAGACCAUGCCGCCCAAGGAAGCCAGCAUCCACCACGUCACAUUCCACUUCUACCGCUCAGCCGUCCUCCUCUCUCUCCCGAACACCACAACAUUCACAUCUCUCAAAUCCUCCCUUCUCCCCGCCCUCCAGCCCCUCGCCCAAACGCUCCCCAUAUCCCUGCCAGCAUCGCCGAACGAUAUCCAGUUCUGGGAAUUUACCAACUCCAGCUCUGCCGGCGAAGAAGGCGAUGCGGCCGCUGCCGGUGCUGCUGGGGAACAAAAGACAUUGAGAUGUCUGGAGAAUGAUCCUGGAAUAGCGGGGAGGGAUAUCAAGCAGCUUGGGUGGCCGAGGUGGAAGGCGAUCUUGGUUAGCUUCAAAGGGGAAGAUGGCUCGUUCAAGGAGCCAAUAUAUACCAUUCCUGAUCCGGACGAUGAUUACGGAGGGUCAGAAGCCGAAGCUUGAGUAUAGAAAAGUCCUAUGCCUAAUGCUAUAAUAUUUGAAUGCGG